AUGAAGGGUGAUAUGAUCACUGAUACUCUAGCCAAUGGUUCGGUGGCAACUCUGUUAGUUUGUCUAAAUUACACUCUGUCCAUUUAUGGUAAAGAUUUUGGAGUUGACUUAAUUUGUUUAUCCCUAAGUCAAAUAGAUGUUAUUCUAGGAAUGAACUGGUUAGAGUUAAACCAUGUUUACGUAAAUUGUUUUGAUAAGAUCUUGAUGUUUCCUGAGUUAGAGGAUAGUGAAGAUUCGAGGUUUAUAUCUGCUAACCAAGUAGAGAUGUCCUUGAAGCAGGAUGCUCAAGUGCUCAUGAUGUUCGCUUCCCUGAAAGUAGAGAGUGAAGCUGAGAUUUCUAAUCUUUCUGUUGUAUGUGGGUUCCUAGAUAUUUUCCCUAAUGAUAUAGGUGAUUUUCCUCCUGAUUGCUCGAGUUCACAAUGGAUUUAG